UCUCCAAAACCUCUUUUCUUCAUGCCAAGCAGCACCCUUCCAGGUUGUACCACCAUCACCAGAGUCAGCAGCUUGGAGGCGGAACGUUGUUUUUUUGGAGGACGUGGACUCCGAGGGAGCGGAAGCGAAUUAUUGUGGUAGAAAUUAUCACAACAUCGUAAUGUGGUACUCACAUCUUCAAAAGUCGUAUUUACAUACCACUGUAAAUAUCUUAAAAAACACACCACAUAAUCUGAAAGGCAAGAGUACCUCUGAACAACGUUGGAUAGUUCGGCAGCUCAAGGAUCCUUUUGUCAAAGCAGCCCAUGUGCACAACUACCGGUGUAGGAGCGCUUUCAAGCUCUUGGAGAUCGAUGACAAAUUUAAAAUAUUAAAACCUGGACUAAAUGUCAUAGAUUGUGGUGCUGCACCAGGCGCCUGGAGCCAGAUAGCAGUUCAAAGGGUCAAUUCUGCUGGGGCUAAUCAAGAAUUACCCCGUGGCACUGUGUUUGGUGUUGACCUACUCCGUGUGUCACCUCUGGACGGAGCCCACUUUCUGUCCAACCAUGACAUUACUGACCCCAGCACACAUGCCAAGCUACUUGAGCUCCUCCCAGGUGGUCAGGCUCAUGUCAUCCUAAGUGACAUGGCACCCAAUGCCAGUGGUUUUAAAGAGAUGGACCACGAGCAACUUGUCUCCAUGUGUGCAUCAUUGAUUGAUUUGGCCAAGAAGGUUUUGCAUCCUGGAGGCUCUCUGAUUUGUAAAUACUGGGAUGGGGCUCUCACACAGAAGCUUCAUGAUAAACUGUCAGCUGUCUUCCGUGAAAUCCGGACUAUUAAACCAAAAGCCUGCAGAAAAGAAUCUGCUGAAAAGUUUUUCCUUGCUAAAAUGUAUAGAGGAAUAGAUUCCUGAAUUUUCUGUAAAUAAAACGCGUCUUCACAAUAUUUGGAGAAGUUGACUUUGAUGGCUUGAUUUUAUUAUUAUUUUAAACUAUUGUUGUAAAUUUAGGGUUAUGGCGACUUGAUUCUGAAUUCUUGAAAAGCAAGAUUCUCCACCAGGAGAUGGCACUCUUAAGGUGUCCAUAAGCUGUGGAAGCGUUGUCCAUUUUUUCAGUUUCUCCCUUGUCAAAACGUUAUGUUAUGAAGUGCACACAUUAUUUCUUUUAACACAUUCCUCUAGUUUGGUAUUUGUAAUGCACAUAAUCUGCUCUACCAGCCAUGUAAAAGUAUGUAAUCAUUCCCUCAUUAUAGGCUUAUAAAAGUAAAAUGAUGUGGAUAUAAGAAUCAUGGACAACGUGACUAAUGAAAAGCCUCAUUCUACUAAAGCUGUGUGUCUCGGGCUCUCUGUUGAGACUGAAGAGUCUAUAUUCCUUGAAAUUAUGUUUGCCCAGUAAACUGCUAUUCCGAUUGCAGCUAUUCACAAUAUGAGUGAGCUCAAUACUUUGGGAUGCAAUGUGUUCUGGUUGCAUUUUCACGAUGCAGUUUUUCUCUGUUAGCUUGGAUACUUCUGCUUGGAUACUGCUCUCAGUGUUUGAAAUCAUCCUGUCGUUUAUGAAUGGAACAAAUGUAUUAAAAGAGAUUGCACAAUGAGA